UACCGGAGAGUCAUCAGUUUGUUUCUGUUGGAGACGUUUGUUUUCUUCACCUUGUGUCCGUGUGGGCGGAGGAAGACACGGAUCUCACUGGAACGUAACGGACUUCUCUCUUCAACAUGGAGACGACAGCAGGUUGCAGUCAGCAGCAGCUGUGACGCCUCCUCAGCCAGAUGUUGGUGCGUGGAAUGUAAUGAAGCCCUGUGCGACAUCUGUGUGUCGGCUCAUCGCAGAGUGACGGUCACCAGAUCUCACCAGAUCCUCAACCAACCGCCAGCAGGACACAUCUCAACUCCUCCCACCAAGUUCUGCAGACACCACCCGUCUGAGCCGCUCAAACUGUACUGCUUCACCUGUCACCAGCUCACCUGCAGAGACUGUCAGCUCACGGCUCACAUGAACCACAGGUAUCAGUUUGUCAGUGAAGCGCUGGACAGCAUCAGGAAGCAGCUGGAUGUCUUGGUUCAGCCAGUCAGAGCACAGGGAGACACAGUGAGGCAGAAUCUGCUGGACAUGAAGACCAGGCUGAAGGACAUCGCUGACAGUAAUUUUCUUCUGAUGACUGAGCUGCAGCGUUCGUACAACCUUAUAACUCAACAUCUGAAGAGGAGGAUGGAAGACAUUUUGUCAGAAGUCAAGAAGGUGUCUGAGUCCGAGCGCGAGCUGAUUGUCAGGAGGAUGAGAAAGAUGAAGCGGCUGCAGCAGGAUCAACAGUCAGUGACUGAAAUUGCAGAAAAGGCCAGAAACACCAACGACCUGUCGGCCCUGCAGACCUUCACAGAUCAGAUUCAGUCUUACCUGAAGAAUCCUCCUGAUCAGGACUCGUCUCCUCCUGAGACAAUGUCUCUUCUGUCAGUCAUCACCGACUCUGUGUCUUUGGAGGCCAUUUUGAACUUUGGUAAACUUGACAUAAAAUGGGUCCCCUUCGCCGUCACUCAGACAUCCAAUCUAAACACUCCAGCAGCCGCCUCGUCCUCGUCCUCGUCCUCGUCCUCCUCCUCCUCCUCCUCCUCGUCCUCCUCCUCCUCCUCCUCCUCCACCCUCCCCCAAAGCAGGACUGCUCAAGAAUCAUCUGUCUCAUCUGUCCCAUUUAACUGUCCCUCUGCUUCGUCAAAGUCCUCAUCCAAUCAGUUGAGUCCUCCUCCCUCCUCCAGCCUGAGCAUCAUCCAGUCCAGUGCUCCUGUGACUAAGAUCACUGCACCCACCUUUACUCCACCUGUCCAGCAUCCUUCCUCAUUGUCUCACCUGAAGAAGAGCCAAACAAAAAUGUCAGUGCCUGUUUCUACUUUAGGGAACCAGGAGCCUGUGGGCUACCUUGUCCCCCACUCAGCAGGUCCGUCUCCAGGCACCAAACUCCAACUUUUGAACGAACCGACCGCCCCCAGUCAGAACCAGUCCGCCGCCAUCAUGCUGAACUACACUCAGGCUCUGUACCAGGUGUCCUGCUUCACCCUCCCGUCUGUUGUGCCUCAGUUUUACACGAUGCGCAGUCUGACCUCAGCCACAAACACCCAGGAUAAACAGCAGAAGGGACCGUUCAGCUCCGUCUCAGUCAAUCAUCAGGUACUUCCUUCAGCCACCACGGGAAACAAGAGCUCUUCCCAACCAGGUGUCACGGUGCUUCCAAGCCACGACCCAAAAUCAAUGCAUCAACCUCUGACAGAUAUAAACUGUCCUACAACCAGCAGCCCUGCGUCCUCCAGCCAGCCUCUCACCCCUGCUACUGACUGUUUCACCAAGGACAAACGACCUGUGCCAGAGCCUCCAGGAUGUUUACACCCCUUUACCCCCCUUGAAACCAGCCCUCAUUCUUCUUCUCUGAAACACCAGCAGCAGAGUCCUGUAGUGAGGGCGGUGGCAGACUCCGCCUGUGACCGCAGCGUACAGCAGGUCGCAGUGAGGCGGCAGGAACCUGCAGAGAACGAACCAACGUCCACAGUGUCUGGGGAUCCUGCGCCUGCAAGGGAACCAUCUGCACCUGUAGUGUCGGAUAUAGAAUCUGCUCCUGAAGUAACAGACAGAAAGGCUGAACCUGAACCUCAAGUACUGGAGACCAGCGCUGAACUUGUACCUGAAGUAUCAGACGGAGAAGCUGAGCUUGAACCUGGACCUGAAGUAUCGGAGAGCGAAUCUGAGCUUGACCCCGAACCUGAAGUAUCAGACGGAGAAGCUGAUUCUAAACCUGAACCUGAACCUGAACCUGAAGUACUAGAGACCAAAGCUGAACCUGAACCUGAAGUAUCAGACGGAGAAGCUGAUUCUGAACCUGAACCUGAACCUGAAGUACUAGAGACCAAAGCUGAACCUGAACCUGAAGUAUCAGACGGAGAAGCUGAUUCUGAACCUGAACCUGAACCUGAAAUACUAGAGACCAAAGCUGAACCUGAACCUGAAGUAUCAGACGGAGAAGCUGAGCUUGAACCUGGACCUGAAGUAUCAGACGGAGAAGCUGAGAAGCUGAGCUUGAACCUGGACCUGAAGUAUCAGACGGAGAAGCUGAAGAAGGGAGCUCAGUGA